AUGUCGGAAAUCUCCAAGUCGCCAAAGGGUCGUCCACAUGUCGCUACCGGAGGUUCGUCACGAGGCACAACAGUUGUGUGGGGAGAUUACGGACUACGAAUGAAGGACCACGAUCGCCGGCUGCCGGCCUCUUCGCUCAAGAUCGCGGAGGAGACCAUCAAGAGACGUCUCAGAGGAAUGAACUACGCAUUAUACAAGCGCGUCAGUGCCAAUAUCGGUGUGUACACCAAGGGUAAUGAGCAGCGUAUGGGUAAGGGUAAGGGUAAAUUCGACUACUGGACUGCGAAGGUUGCCGUGAGCAGGAUUGUCUUUGAGCUCAAGGGCGACAUUCACGAGAAGAUCGCGAGGGAGGCAUUUCGUCUGGCUGGUCACAAGUUACCGGGUCUCUGGGAAUUUGUGAACAAGGGUGAUCCGCCAGUUGUCGGCAUUACAAAACUCGGCAAUGGUGUUACGCUGGAGAGCUUGAAGCGAGCCCGGAGAGACCCGCCCCUUGGAACCAACAACAUGCCCAAUCCCCCGAAGUCCGCAUCCUCCAGUCCCUCGGCAUCGCAAUAG